AUGUUUAUCAUUAGAAUUUUCCGUUGGACAAGAAACGGUGAUGAUUUGUGGCCACAAAGACUAGAAGAAGACGCUACAAAGGCUGUGAUAGAGGCUAGUUUUAUCUCACCUCUUCUCGAACUGCUUCGAAGUGCAGAAUUUGGGAUAAAGCGACAGGCUGCUUGGGUUAUUUCAAAUGCCACGUCUUGGGGGACUCAAGAGCAAAUCAAGUUCUUGAUGCACGAGGGUUGUAUAAAGCCAUUGUAUGAUCUUCUAGUUAGUCCUAACGAAGUAGAGACCAUCAAAUGCUGCUUGGCAGGCCUUGAGAACAUUCUAAAGGUUGGAGAAGCUGAGAAGCAUCAAGAUAAUGCUGAAGAUGUGAAUGUCUUUGCUCAGAUGAUUCGUGAUGCUAGGGGUCUACAGAAGAUUAAGAACCUCCAGACUCACGAUGAUGGUAAUAUACGUGAAAAGGCCGUAAAGAUGCUUGAAACAUAUUGGCAGGAAGAGGAUGAUGAGCGGCUGUAUUCUGGUAAUGCUCCACAAUUUGAGUGUAUUUGUUGGACAGUAAUUGUUGAUUUCUUUUGUUUUCUGCCAAAUAUUUUAAGGCAUGUCUGGUUGCACUAAUAGAGUGGAUCAGAAUUUUUUUUGCCAUUCUACUCAACUAAACAUGGCUAACGGCUCUAAAAAAGUCUGCUUCUAAGCUGAAA